CUCCUGCCUGUGCACAUACCUGCCCCUCACUCCACCCCCACCCAGGCUUUGGUAUCGGGGAAGGGGCAUAGGGCCAGGCAGACCUACGGGACUUUGGCUCCAUCUCUACAAAAGGGCCCUCUGUGAGUCAGCCUGCUCCCCUCCAGGCUUGCUCCUCCCCCACCCAGCUCCUGUUUCCGAUGCACGUACAGCCCGUACACACUGUGUCUGGGACACCCCACAGUCAGCCGCAUGGCUCCCCUGUGCCCUAGUCCCUGGCUCCCUCUGUGGAUCCCGGCCCCUUCCCGGGGCCCUACUGUGCAACUGCUGCUGUUACUGCUGCUCCUGGUGCCUGCCCAUCCCCAGAGCCUGUCCCGGAUGCAGGGGUCACCUGGGUUGGGAGGAGAUUCAUCUGGGGAAGAUGAUCAACUGGAUGGGGAGAACCCACCCAGUGAAGAGGAUCCACCUGGAGAGGAGGAUCCACCUGGAGAGGGGGACCCACCUGGAGAGGACCCAUCUGGAAUGAAGACUGAACCAGGAGAAGAGAACUCUCUGAAGUUAGAGGAUCUACCUACUGUUGAGGUACCCAGGGAUACUCCAGGCUCCCAGAAUAAUGCCCACAGGCACAACAAAGGAGAUGACCACAGUCAUUGGCGCUAUGGAGCCGACCCGCCCUGGCCCCAGGUGUCCCCAGCCUGCGCAGGCCGCUUCCAAUCGCCGGUAGAUAUCCGCCCGGAGCUCGCCGCAUUUUGCCCCGCCCUGCAACCCCUGGAACUCCUAGGCUUUGAGCUCCCGCCUCUCCCAGAACUGCGCCUGCGCAACAAUGGCCACACCGUGCAACUGACCCUGCCUCCGGGGCUGGAAAUGGCUCUGGGUCCCGGGCGGGAGUACCGGGCCCUGCAGUUGCAUCUGCACUGGGGGGCUGCGGGUCGCCCGGGCUCGGAGCACACGGUUGACGGCCACCGUUUCCCUGCCGAGAUCCACGUGGUUCACCUCAGCACUGCAUUUGCCAAAGUUGAUGAGGCCUUGGGGCGCCCGGGGGGACUAGCCGUGCUGGCCGCCUUUCUGCAGGAGGGCCCAGAAGAAAACAGCGCCUAUGAGCAGUUGCUGUCACAUUUGGAAGAAAUCGCUGAGGAAGACUCAGAGACUUGGGUCCCAGGACUGGAUGUAUCUGCACUGCUGCCCUCUGACCUCAGCCGCUACUUCCGCUAUGAGGGGUCUCUAACCACACCCCCCUGUGCCCAGGGGGUCAUCUGGACUGUGUUCAACCAGACAGUGAGGCUGAGUGCUAAGCAGCUCCACACCCUCUCUGCCUCCCUGUGGGGACCUGAUGAUGCUCGGCUACAGAUGAACUUCCGAGAGACGCAGCCGUUGAAUGGGCGAAUGAUCGAGGCCUCCUUCCCGGCUGGAGUAGAGAGCAGCCCCAGGACCAUUGAGCCAGUCCACCAGAAUCCCUGCCUUGCUGCUGGUGACAUCCUGGCCUUGGUUUUUGGCCUCCUCUUUGCCGUCACCUGCAUCGCCUUCCUUGUGCAAAUGAGAAGGCAGCAGAGACUCCGAAGUGGGACCAAAGGGAAUGUUAGCUACCACCCAGCAGAGGUCACCGAGACUGUUGCCUAGAGUCCUUGGAACUUGGAGAAUGUGCAGAGAAGCCAGCCAGAAGAAUCUGAAGGGGAGCUGGAGACUGUCCUGUCCUACCCUUUACAUCACUUCCUUUUUAAGGUCCAAAUAUUUUUUUAAAUAAAAGUUUCUAAUAAAAUAUAUGGAAGGCA